UUUGGCAAAAUUCAUGUCUCUCAUUUGACGGUCUCGUGUCGCUGAUUCGCUCACUGGCUACCAAUUUUUGUUCGGUCAAACUUAGUCCUCGUGGGGCUGCAGGACAGCCUCUGCUGUUCUAGUCCUUCCAAUUCCAACCCUAGCCUUAUAUUUCCAGGCCAGCGUCGCCCACCGAUCGUUUCCUCGAAUAAAUGUCUGGCCGUCCUGGCUUCGCCGAAAAGCGACUCUCCGUCCAUCGUUUUCAACAGAUCUCCGACAAUCCGCAGGAAGAAGGCAUGGCCAAUCCGAACGAUGUGACCAUCGAAAUUCCGUUGAGCACCGUUCCCAGCCGGGGUGGUGUCCGGAACCCCAGUGUCAAUACUCCCGUGUCGCCCAAUCCAUAUCAACCGCCCGGUGGGAGCCCGAAUCCCAAUGCGAGUGAAAAGACGGAGUUGGUGCCAGGCACGGGCCCGGGCCGUCGUAGGAGGGUCGAUACUAUGGGGGCUUCGGUGGAGGAGAAUGAGGACGGGACGAUCACUAGCAUGGGUCGCAUCUACCAGAAGAUCCUCAACUUCUCCAUUGUCACUCGAUAUAUGCUCUACGUUACGCCGCUUGCCAUAUUGAUUGCCAUCCCGAUCAUCGUGGGUGCGACGGUCGCGCAGGACGCGACUAUCGGCGGCGUGCCUGUACACUGGUUUUUCACCUGGAUCGAAGUGAUCUGGUUGAGUUUAUGGGUGGCCAAAUUGGCCGCCCGUGUUUUGCCUUAUGUUUUCCAAGUCCUGUGCGGUUUCGUCAGCUCGGGGACGCGCAAGUAUGCCUUGAUUCUACAUCGGCUGCAGAUCCCCAUCGCAACCGUGAUCUGGACUGUGAUCUCCCUCGUGACGUUCUUGCCCAUUAUGACUUUGAAUCCAGUGAAGCAGAAGCAGAAUGAUACAGGAGCCAAGUCUUGGGAGAAAAGCAUGAAAAAUAUCCUGUUUGCCCUGUUUGUCUGCAGUCUGAUCUUCCUUGGAGAGAAAGCGCUUGUCCAGCUCAUCUCGAUCAGCUAUCAUCGGAAGCAGUUUGAUGCCAAGAUCAAAGAGUCCAAGCGGAACGUUCAUCUUAUUGGACAGUUGUACGAGGCUUCGCGAAGCAUGUUCCCGAUGUAUUGCAAAGAGUUCUGUGAUGAAGAUGCCGCCGUUUCCGACUUGAUCACCAGCAAAGCCAGUCGCCUGCCUCGUUCGGGCUCGGCCCCCUUUCGCAUGAUCCGAGAAGUCGGACACGGGUUUGGCCGUAUCGGUGAAAAGGUGACAGCUGCCGUGGGUGAUGUAGCCCACGAACUUACCGGCAAAGAAGUCUUCAACCCCAAUUCGGCCCGGUCCGUCGUUACCUUGGCGCUGGAGAGGAAGAGGUCGUCGGAGGCGCUGGCCCGUCGGAUCUGGAUGUCGUUUGUCAUCGAGGGCCGCGAGGCUCUGUAUCACGACGAUAUUGUGGAAGUGCUGGGCGCAGGAAAGGAAACCGAGGCGGAUGAGUGUUUCCAGAUCCUCGACCGGGAUGGAAACGGCGACAUUAGCCUGGAAGAGAUGAUCUUGGCCGUUGCAGAGAUCGGGCGGAUGCGCAAAUCAUUGACCCACAGUUUGCAUGAUGUGGACCAGGCGAUUCAUGUUCUCGACAAUCUCCUGCUCACAGUCGCGUUCGUCGUCAGUCUGCUGGUUUUCGUCUCCUUCGUGACGAGUGGGUUCGGUACUGUCAUUGCUGCCGGGGCUACCUCCCUCUUGUCCCUGAGUUUCGUCUUUGCCACCACUGCCCAAGAAGUCCUGGGCUCUUGUAUCUUCCUGUUCGUGAAGCACCCAUUCGACGUUGGAGAUCGGGUGGAUAUUGAAACCAAACCCUACUACGUCGAGCGUAUUUCUCUCCUCUUCACCGUGUUUCGCAACGUCACCGAUCACCGCAUCACACAAGUUCCCAAUGUUAUUCUCAACACUUUGUGGAUCGACAACUUCACUCGCUCCAACGCGAUGCAUGAGACGCUGACCAUCCCUGUCAAGUUCGAAACGACGUUCACUGAUAUCCAGAACCUUAAGGAGGAGAUGGAGCAUUUUGUGCGCGACAAAGACAACUGCCGUGACUUCCAGCCCGACCUUGAUGUCGAUGUCGUGGGUGUUGGAGAUAUGGAUAAACUGGAGCUGAGCGUCAGCAUCCUCCACAAGUCCAACUGGUCGAACGAAAGCGUUCGGGCCGCACGCCGCUCGAAGUUCAUGUGUGCCCUCGUCUCCGCAGUGCGCAAGAUCCCGAUCCGCGCGCCUGGUGCCGAAGAGCCGACGGAGGACGCGAACGAUGACGAGGGGAAGCCAGACGGAGACGGUGCGGCCAAGAAUGACACGACCGACAAGAGCACCGACGGGGCAAUGAGCCGUGCGAGCACCGCCAACGCCCCUCAAGGGCUUGGUCUGACCGGUGCCGACUCCAAAUCCACCGGAUUCGAUCUCGGUCGGUCAUCCGGAUCGCUGCAGCACCGUAACCGGGGCGGCGAAGCUUCCAGCAGCAUCUUCAGCGAGGGUCUCUCCCCUGAGCACGCACGCAUGCGGUCCCCCGCGCAGGAGGAGAUUCGUGAUGGUCCGGACGGUGACAACUACCAAACCCCUGCCGCCUCGCCGGAACAGGGCCAAGCGACGCACCUCAAUGUGAACCAAUACGGUAGUCUCGAGCGAACCGCAUCGACAGGCCAUCGGAAGGCAGGAACCCGGUCGUCCGUUCCAAUGGCCACGGGGGGUGUUCCCAUUCUGGCCGCACCGGUGCCGCAGCGUCCGUCGCAGACCGUCGCGCCGGAAUACUACAACUAUGCCGGCAACUAUUACGACCCGCAGGACGGGCCUUACGAUCCCAACCAGCCCUUCGAGCUGCCUUCGGCGCGGGAUGCCUCGCCUGCGGGUCCCAACCAAGGUCAGGAAGAACCCUCGCCUUAUCAGCGCGGGCCUGCCUCUCCCAGCCAGGGCCGGUACGAAGCCGAGCAUGAACAGAUGCCGGGCUCGUUCGUGUCCCGACGGCCACCACAUGCAGGACAGUGAUCCUGAAAAAGAAAUAAAAGAAAUAAAAAAGAAUCUACCGCUUUGAUAUCAAUACAAUAUUUCGGAAGUAAGAAGGGAAAGAAAGAUCAGCGCAAUGUGUGAAUGAUGUUUGUAUUCUUUUGGUUA